AUGUCGUCGCAGAAGCAUUCCAAGAUACUUGAAAUUCUCGGUCUGGCAGUGAUGAAAUACAUUCUCGUUCUUCUUCUAUUAAAUCUUCUUCUAACACCAACUUUAGCACAAAAAUUCAAAGAAGAAAGUCCGUAUUUGAUUAUUCGUCUGAUGGAUCUUCGAUUAAACGAAUGGAAAUCCGAAACAUUAAACAGAAUGGAGCGCGCACUUGAUGCCGAAUUAAAAUAUACAGAUGAGAAGAAAGGCAUUGCAUGUAAAUCAAUCUUUUUCGAACAAGAAAUUGAUUAUCCGAAACAAGACGCUCGUUUUCUUGAUCUGAGUAUUCGCGGAAUUUGUAUUGAUGAUCAAGGUGCUCGUCAUCUUAUUGCAAAAGAAUUAAUUACCAAUGCGAUUAUUCGACGACUGGAUGAAGUUAAUCGAGCUGUUUACGCUCAUGUCUAUCGUAUUGGCAAUGUGAAAAUCUAUAAACGCAAUCGAAAUAAGUUGAAUUUGAUUAUUAUACCUGCAUCUAUUGGAUUUGUCGCUUUGUUAUUUCUUUUAACAUUCUUCUUGCGACGAAUGAGGAAUUCACAGAAACGUCGUCAUAUUAUUAACGAAUUAGAAAAGAAGAGAGAAGCAUCAGUGAAAAAAGCUCAAACAAUGCCAAAUAUUGAUCCUCUAGCAAAUGAUAAGCAACGUUUAUUACAAAUGGAUUCCACAGUUGCGGGAAAUGUUUCAAACACCAUGGGCAGUCCGAAGGAGUUCACUAAUGAACAAAAUACAACUCCAACUCGCAGUACCAAUCCCAGCACUGUUAGUGAUCAUCGUUCCUAUAAUCGCGACUAUCAAGGAACAGCGUCAGCAGCAAAUAAAGAUAAUAAUCGAACAUCUCAAUACAAUCGUGAUGAGGAUUCGACAUUUCCAAAUCAACGCUCGUUCAAAUCGAGUCGUGAGCGUAUGCACGUUCCAUUCGAAAGUGAUUCUCAUUUCGUUCCAACUCAUUCGCAAUAUUCCUACGAACCGCAAUACCCUGAGAUGCUUUCCAUGCAUGAGCAUCAUCCACGUGUAGUUGUUCGAACAAUCCGAGAUGAUGGAAACUAUCAAAACUAUCAACAACAAUCCUACGACGAUCCAUCGAAAACAUUCGUUUCGAUUCCUGUACAAAUUGAACAUAGUAGUUCGCAUCAACGAUUCGUUCCACCACCGUAUCAUUCAGAUCCAUAUUAUCCACAUGUUAAUUCAUAG